UGUCGUAGAAGGAUGUGUUGCGAUUAGAUUGAGUUUUACGAAAAAGUUAUUAUUUCAAUGAAGUUUAAUUAAAAAAUGAAACACCGACUUAAAUUAGGUGCAAAUCAGAAAGUAGAACUUUAACAUUAAUAUAAAAUGUAAAUCGACACGUGCCCUACAUUAUUACUAGCGGAAUAAAUUUUGAAAGUGUACGUACGUUUCUGAAUAAAUCAACUUUCUGUGAAAAUGUCGUUUAGAGGCAUUGUUGUAGUGUUAUUUUUAAAUGUGCGUUUUUUCGCAAACUGUAGUGUGUACGAUAAUGAGAUAAACGAACAUUCCUUGGAGUUGACCCAGUCCUUGAACUUGGCUCGACAAGAACUCAUCCAAGAGGCUUGCCGACGUUUUUCUCGCAACUACAAAUUGGAUGACCUGCAACCGGACCAGUUAAGGCAUAUAUUGGUUGAUGAUGAAAGGAAACUGCUAUAUUGUUAUGUGCCAAAGGUGGCCUGUACAAACUGGAAGAGACUUCUCCUCAUAUUGGCUGGUAAAUGGAACAGCACAGAUGUUCUAUCAAUUCCGGGGCAUAUACCUCACUUACCCGGAAUGUUCAAGGAUCUGAGUAUGGUGACUGCACAGGAACGCGAACACAUGCUAAAUAAUUAUCAUAAGAUGGUGUUUGUUAGGAAUCCAUUUGAAAGAUUACUGUCGGCUUAUAGAAAUAAACUGGAGGGUGAUUCACCAAGUCAAUAUUUCCAGGAACACGUUGGAAGGCGCAUAAUAAAAACGUACCGCGAGAACCCCUCAAACCAGUCCCUUGAAUUUGGCAAUGAUGUCACUUUCAAAGAAUUCGCCAUGUUCCUGACGAACAAAUCGGAGGAGUUGGCCGACGUCGUCAACAACGAACACUGGCAGCCGAUCACCGAUCUAUGCCAUCCGUGUCAAAUAAAAUACACGUUAGUUGGUAAAUACGAAACUCUCCUGGACGAUGUUCUCCUAGCUCUGCACACGAUCCAGGUGACUGGAGUGAAUUUCCCGAGACUGACCAGCACCUCGGGCACCGCACAGAAACUCCACAAAUACUACUCGCAGCUAGACUUACCGCUGAUAAGGAGGUUAUACAAACUUUAUAAAUACGAUUUCAAAAUAUUCGAUUACCAUUUAGAUAGUUUAGUCGGUUUUGAUCUAGAUUGAUGUAGUUGUAUGAAACAAUCUGUAAUUUAAUACGAUUUUUGUGAAUGCGGAAGCACUUCAGGAUAACGCAGAAACAUAAGCGAACGAUCCUUAUAAAGUUUUAUAGAAACAUGCGGUGAGUAAAUGUGCAGUAUGACAAUUGAAACUUAAAAGAAAAAAGAAAUAUUUUAUUUGUACAUACUGAACAUUAACUAUUUAGGGGUUCUCGUGUUUGCACUAACAUGUGUCCUGUAGUGUUUUAAAAAAGUCUUAGAUGAAUUGUAAAGAAUGCCGCUUACCAUUUCAUACAGUAUGAAAAAAAAAUAUUCAAAUAUUUUUCUCAUUUGAUCAUUUCGAUCGUAUUACACUGAACCUGAAUAAUAUGUGACUAGUCCAACGAAAUUGAAAAUGUCGCUGUAUUUCCUUCCAUUAUAUUUAGAAUAGUUUAAUAAGUACAAUGAUUUCAAUUAUAUAAUUUCUAAAUUAUAUUUUCACUGGGCAUCGUGAAAUUUCAGAGGUAAUGUUGAGUUGAGUUCACACAAGUAGUUAUUAAUGUACUUACAUGUGUAUGUAUAUAAUUAAAUUUAUUAUUAGUAUUUAUAGUAAAUUUAUAGU